ACUCGCCACACGGUCUCGGUCUCCCACGAGUUAUUCGUUGUUUUUACACAGGCUUUAGUGCACCGUGAAUCUCCGCCAUGAAACAGCUCGUGCCGUCCGCCGCCGUCGCCGGUCUACUGGCCGUCCAAACCCUACUCAUGCUCGGUGCCCUGGACUUCAACGGGAACACGGUCCAGGCCCAGGACAGUCCGUUUGAAUUGCCAGUCCAACUCAUCGGUUUUCCCGUCAUCAUCGUCGCCGUCAAGAUGUCCAAUUUCGUCAAAAAACUCGCGUACGCCUUGAGUCCGAGCACUUACAGGAGAAAAGCCAAGAGGGACUUGGAAGCUGUGACAUCCGGCUCUGCGCCCUUGGACGUACUCAAGGCCCAGGAGAUGAUACUGAAAGAAAUGGGUCCAGACGCGUGUGUCUAUGAGAAAGUGUGUUCCGCGUACGCCGAAGCAGCUGCGCUUGCCAAAAAAGAUCGCCGCAGUGGUAAAACCGGAGUAGACAGAAUGGACUGGGAAAAAAUUAUCAGCGGAUACAUGGAAACCGGAUCAGCCAAAAAGAAAUACUACAUGUUGAGUGUGUUUCUGGGUGAUGUGCUAGGUUCACCCGAGUUCUGUUCAAGAAUCGCACGGAAAAUCAACCGGUGCGAUGCAAAAAAAAAUUAUCACCAUUGAUACUGCCCAUAAUAUACAAAUAAUAAUAUUGUGUUAUAUUUUUUUUAAACUAUAUUUAUUGAACAUUAUAAUAUGUAAUUAUAAAACUACGUGCACGCGCAUAGUGUCGUCGUCGUAUUAUUACUAUUAUUAUUAUAAUCGUCGUGUAUUUCAAUUCGUUUGAAAUCUUGUCUAAUACUUUUACAACCAAAUCUGAAACUUAAUAUUAUACUUAAACUAUCGAACUGGCACCAUUGUCCUAAUGUGUAAAUAAUCAAAAUGCUUUGUAGAUUUAUGUAGAUAGAAUAAAUAAAAAAUAUAUUAUAAU